CGGUGCCACGGACUCCAGCGCGACUUCCAGCCGAAAGUGACUUCUCAGUGGGUGUUUAAUGUGACAGGGACGAAGAGGGCGACGGGCUGAGAGGAGCUGCUGCUGCUGCUGGAGCGUGGAACUAGUGGGAUCAGCAGCCUGAUACCAGCGCGCCUCCGGGAUCCCGCUGGGGUCUGGUCAUCUGGUGGCUUGAGAGCGCCACGCUGAGUGCUGCACACCAUCAUGGAAACGGUCAUCAGUGGCCCGGCCAUCUCGGUCUUCAAUUCUAGCUGCCGCUUCAAUGAGGAGUUCAAGUACAUCCUGCUGCCUGUGUCAUACGGUCUGGUGUUCGUGUUCGGCUUCAUGCUCAACGCCACAGCUUUGUGGCUGUUCCUCAAGAUGCGCCCGUGGAACCCCAGCACGGUGUACAUGUUCCACCUCGCCCUGUCCGACUUCCUGUACGUCCUCUCCCUGCCCACUCUCAUCUACUACUACGCCAACCGCAGCCACUGGCCCUUCGGAGUGGCCGCCUGCAAAAUAGUGCGCUUCCUCUUCUACGCCAACCUCUACUGCAGCAUCCUCCUCCUCACCUGCAUCAGCGUGCACCGCUAUCUGGGCAUCUGCCACCCCAUCAAGGCUCUGACCUUGGUGAAGUCCCGCCACGCCCAUAUGGUGUGCGGCAUGGUGUGGGGUGUGGUGACCCUGUGCCUGGUGCCCAACCUCAUCUUCGUCACCACCUCCAGGAGGGACAAUGACACCCUGUGCCAUGACACAACCAACCAGGAGUCCUUUGAGCAGUAUGUGGACUACAGCUCUGUUGUCAUGGUGCUCCUGUUCGGCAUCCCCUUCCUGGUCAUUAUGGUGUGUUACUGCUUGAUGGCGCGGACCCUCUGCAGGCCCAGACGAGGAUUAUCGUCCAGCCGGCAGGGCGCCGCCUCGCGUCAGAAGUCCAUCAAGCUCAUCAUCGUGGUGUUGGUGGUGUUUGCUGUGAGCUUCGUCCCGUUUCACAUCACCCGGACCCUCUAUUACACCUCCCGUGUGUUAAAUCUCAACUGUGACUUCCUCAACAUCGUCAACUUCACUUACAAGAUCACCAGGCCGCUGGCGAGCGUCAACAGCUGCAUCGACCCAAUUCUGUACUUCCUGGCUGGGGAUCACUACCGGUCCAAACUGAUUUCUGUCCUGCCGGGAAAAAGAGAGGUGACAAGCAGCCAAACACCUGAGCAGGCACAAACUCAGCGGAACGAUAACCGCGGCAUCUCUCUGGUCCAUAAGAACUCAGCCCUUAAAGCCGGUGGAGAGACCGAGAGGUAGUCGGGAAUCUAAAGCAUCAAGUAUUAAAGGAUUCUGAUCCAGGCCAAGCUAACGUUUCAAAGCUAACAUGCAGAAGCACCUGUUUGGUCUUUCCUAUUUUGCACUAAGAGAUUUGGAAGAGAAUCAUUUUACUGCAACAUUUACUCACAAAACACGCUUUCACUCCACCAAGUCACUGUUUAACGGGAUUCAGGAUACUUUUCAAUUCCUCUCAUUUUUCUUAGUUUGCUCUGUUUCUAAGAUGAAGUACGAGUUGGUCUUCACUGCACAAAGCUCAAUUUAUAACAGACUGAGUUAAUGCUGCUGACUGUUCUUCUUUGUGGGGGAAAUGGUGUCUAUGCAGGAGAAACUUUCAAAUGAUGGUAACAAAAAUGGAGGCCUUUUGGCAUCAUUGGUCACAGGUGCAUUAAAAUUAUUUUAAAAACUAUUCAGUCAGUGAAACAUUUGGUCUGAAUAUUAAAGUUCAUAUCAGCCCAGAGUUGACAGUCCGGUGUUGCUUCAGAAAUUAGCGAGUUAUGAGGCAAUCGUCCCUGUUUUAUCAACAGUGUCUGCCUGUUACCCAGAAACCAGCGCAGCUCCUGAUUCCAGCUGUUUUUGUCCUUCAGCGCUCACAGCUGUCUUUUGCUCGACAGUGGAGAAAAAGGCAGAGGCUGAUCUGGACCAGAAGUAUCUUUUCAAACCACCCACGCCUCAUUAGUGGGGUAAGGGAUUUUCCUUUAUAGCCGUUACCUUCGGGAUUGAUACAUGGAAUUUAAAGGCUUUUUUCCUCUCAGUGCUGAACUCCUUGAUAGUUUGGCAGGAUGUGAUCGCAGAGUUGGAAAAUGUUUACGUAAUGCUACAGAGCAUUUGUUCCUCCACCCUUGUUUUUGAGGUUGACGUAUGCUGUUUACUAGAUAUAUUCAUACAGCAUGUGUCACGUGGUGUUCUCAUAUUAAGCAUGAGCACUAUCUAUUAGGGAUGCACUGACACUGAUAUUGAUAUCGGUCUGACACUGACUCAGAUGGCUGAAUCUGGUAUCAUGACAGUGGUUCGCUUUGAUAUUGGAUUGCAUUGUUCUAAUAAAUAGCUAUUCAGUGCCUUUAAGUAUUUAUUUGCCACAUUUUCUUACACAUAAAAGAAUAAUCCCAGUCUCUUGCUCAAGGAGGCAUUUGUUUUAUUAAUUGAGAAGAGGUAUUGGAUUGAUACUCAGUGUGGGCCGAUACCCAAAGCCCAGGUGUCUGAAAAAGUCAGAUUGGUGCAUCCCUGCUACCACAGUUUGACAUGUUUCAUCAGGUAUUACAGCAAGACUUAGUGUUUUGCAUAAUGUCACAUCUAAUGAGCUGAUUAUGCAAUGACGCCGUCCUGUCUGGCCGGUGUUAACUCACCAACAGCAUCUUUAAGCUCGAACUUCUUAGUCAACAUCAUUAAAAGAGCCUACGAAUUAGAGGAAACACAUGAAAUUUGUGGCUUCUGCAAACCGUCCAACUCAUGUGUUUAGAGAAACUAAACCGACUGGCUGUGAGCUGAGUAGACACAGUAAGGCUGAUGUUUGGGAAAGGGAAAGCCAAGUAUGUGACCCCAACACCAACAGAAUGGUUUGUGUUGGAAGUCCACCAUCGGCCGUGCAGAGUGAGAGGGCCCGGUGAAAGCUGUAGGACGUGAGGGACAGAACAGAAACACCACUCAGAGGGGUGAGAAAGACUGCUGUCAUCCACAUGUACCUUUCAACAGCAAGAAAACCAUGCAGCCUCCUGAUGUGUCACAGUGUGACACCUAAUGUACAUUUUUUAUGUGAUGCAUUGACUUUGUGGCAACACUGUUGCAUAAUAAUAAUAAAAAUAAACUUUAUUUGUAUAGAACCUGUG